AUGGUAGAGAUCCUCAGCCCGCAGGAUGACGGUCUUCAAGUGGAAACGUCCUUGCUAGCUACCCAUGGCCCUGAUAUUCCUCUGCCAAUGUCUUUCCCCGCAAUCCUGCGUGACCCGCGCAGUCGAUUUGCACACUUACACGGCAUUUCCCCUAAGAAUGGGGUACGGGAUGCCUCACCUUUCGAAGCACGCUCAAGCCCAUCCAAGAUUGAAGGAAAGCGGAAAGCCCUCAGGAGAGAGAAUACCCGCUUCUUGAGUAAUCCUCAUGUUGUCGCUCCUCAGCGAUCGGAUUAUGAUGCACCGAUCGCGAGCGUCCGAUCUACCUUCCCUGUGCCACUGCCGCCGUAUCUCCCCCGUACGCAACUUGCACCUUCCCCAGCCCCGCCACAACACGACGAGCAGUCAUCCGCCGCCGGCAGGUUCACCAUCUCGCUCCGUGGUGUGCGCAAAGACCUGAGAAGGCGGGGACUACACUCGGAGAAGAUGGUACGUGUGGUGGAGGGGGAGAUCGUACAGUGGUUGCAGGCACCAGGGCAACAGCGUCCCGGGAGACCGUUUGGCAUCGAGUUCGAGGCACCGAUCGAUGAGGGGUACAACGGAUGCCUGGGCGGGAGCGUGGUGGAGGUGUUCAGAACGCCGUUGAAGUUGGUUUGGAAAACGGAUGAUCCUUUGGCGAGAUAUGUGACCUAUUGCACUGCACGAUGGCAUAAUGUUGUCAGCUUUAGCAAAGACCUUCCAAACGGGGAACGUCAUACCAUCCUCCUGCGACCAAACAGCUUCGGCCCACACAUGACCCACCUCGCAUCACUAGAAGCAACGACCCAUCCCUCACCAGCAAUUGAAACCGACACCGAUGCCUUAUCCGUCGCAUAUGACAGUGAAGCAUGGAGCAACGUAGAUCGGCCCAUUCGAGGCGCAGCUGCUUCAAUCAACGGAGAGUCUGUCAGCGACCUUACAGACGAUGGCUUGUCGAUCGCUGAGGCCGCUUCUGGUGACGAGUCGUCCGCGUAUGAACCGGCCGACGUCGAGAUGCAGUCUGAGGACGAGGAAUCUCUAGCAGAGCCUGGGGACGAUAUGUCACUUCCAGACGAUGACACUCCUCGGCCUGCAGAUCUGGAAAGGACUCUCAACCGGAUGAGUUUAGCGGAUCGGGAGAGGCCUCACUCAAGACCAUCUCCUUCCCCAUCACCCGUUCGUCGUCGGCCGAGACCUGAGCGGCCAAGGCGUACCGCAACAGAGUCACCGAUGGGACGAGAUACGCUGCCAGAGUUAGAGAGGCGUCGACCAGGAAAGCCUCCAGCCCAUGCUCAAUCGUUCUUCGAACACGUGUUCCGAUGAUUACUCAGAGUGUUCUAGCCUCAAACCGAUGUUGUAACAAUAUCAAUAAUGUAGUCCAAUCCGUAGAAGUACAUUGUACAAGCCAAUGUUUGUUUGUAUCAUCCUGUGAACACCCUCCC